AGCUUUCCACCGGUGUGUUGUGUUUAUAAUUUUUCAGUUAUUAAUCAAGCUCAAAAACAAAUUUUUUUUUUACACUUUUUUAGUGUACAUAAACAAUAAUUUAGUUUUAUAGUUUUUUUAAUUAUUAAAUGCUCUAAUAACAAAUAAAUAGAGCUCUUAGAAGAAGAGUACCAUGGCAGAGUAUCUUGCCUCAAUUUUUGGUACAGAAAAAGACAAAGUAAACUGUUCGUUCUACUUUAAAAUUGGAGCUUGCCGUCACGGUGAUCGAUGUUCUCGAAUACAUAACAAACCAACAUUUAGCCAGACAUGUUUGCUCCAAAAUUUAUAUGUCAAUCCUCAAAAUUCAGCAAAAAGUGCUGAUGGGUCACAUUUGGUUGCCAACGUCUCUGAUGAAGAAAUGCAAGAGCAUUAUGAUAACUUUUUUGAAGAUGUAUUCGUUGAAUGUGAAGAUAAAUAUGGUGAGAUCGAAGAAAUGAAUGUGUGUGACAAUCUUGGAGAUCAUCUUGUGGGUAAUGUUUAUAUUAAAUUUCGUCGUGAAGAAGACGCAGAAAAAGCCGUAAAUGAUUUAAACAAUAGAUGGUUCGGUGGAAGGCCUGUAUAUGCUGAAUUAUCUCCGGUCACUGAUUUUAGAGAAGCUUGCUGUCGUCAGUAUGAAAUGGGUGAAUGUACUCGAUCAGGAUUUUGUAAUUUUAUGCACUUGAAACCAAUCUCAAGAGAAUUACGUCGCUACUUAUAUAGCCGUAAGAAGAGUAGCAGACGAUCUCGUAGUCGCUCAAGAUCUCGUGGAAGAGAUCGCAAACGAAGAUCACGAUCACGCGACCGCCGUUCUCGCUCAAGAGACAGACGUAGGAGCAGGGAAAGAGGAAGAGACGGAAGGUCUGGACGAUACUAAAUGUAAUUUUUGAAGAAACUAAAAUUGAAAAUGACUUUUUAAUUAACAUUUAUUGAUGAUAACUUUUACCAGAUUUCAUAACGUAAAAAUUCAAAAUCACUUUAUUUGAAAAGAAUCGUUCACAUAUGCAUUCACAAACCUUUUUUUUUAAGUAAUUGUAUGAAAUUUAUCAAUUGUAAUAAUUCUCGACUGGAAUAAAAUGAACAUAAUUAAUUGUAAA